AUGGCAGGGCAGGGUCCCCCGAAGGAGCUCUGCGAGGGAGCCUCUUGCUCCGUCUGCCCGGACCCGGGGAGCAUCGCCCAGUGCGGCCACAGUUUCUGCCUCGCCUGCCUGACCCGGAGCCGGGGGGCGUCGGGGGCAGAGGCUUCCUGCUGCCCCCAAUGCAAGGGAAGAGCUCAGGAGGGGACCCUCCGGCCCAACCAGCAGCUGGCCAAUUCUGUGGAAAUAACCCAGAAACUCAGUCCUCGGGAGGGAAAGGAGGAGACCAGGAAAGGGCAGAAGCGAAGGAGGGGGGUCUGCGAGAAGCACCAGGAGCCCCUGACGUUUACCUGCAAGGAGGACGAAGCCCCCCUCUGCGGGGUCUGCAGCAGAUCCGAGGAGCACCAAGAUCACCAGGUGGUUCCUCUGGAGGAGCCUGCCGGAGAGAAGAAGAUAUUCGUGGCAGCCAGAAAGGAGAGAGUUUGCCAGAAGCAUCAGGAGCCGCUGAAGCUCUUCUGCAAAGAAGAUGAAGCCCUCAUCUGUGUGGCCUGUGACCUGUUAAAAGAGCACAAGAAUCAUGAAAUCAUUCCUGUGGAGGAGGCUUCUCAGGAGUACAAGGAUCAGUUCUGCAAUUGUAUGGAGAUGCUGCGGAAGGAGAAGGAAGACAUUCUGGCGUAUAAAGCCACCAUAGUGAAAGAAAGCCAAGAUCUGCUUAAGCAAACCAAAGGAGAGCAGCAGGAGACAGCGACCAAGUUCAGGCAACUGCAUAAAUUUCUGGAUAAGCAAGAGAAGCUUUUGCUGACCCGAAUGGAAGAGGUGGAGAAGGAGGUAGCAUGGAAAACGGACCAGCGCCUGGCCAAACUCUCUGAGGCACUUUCCUCUCUUGAAAGCCUCAUCCAGGAGAUGGAGGAGAAGUGUCAGCAGCCGGCCAGUGAACUCCUGCAGGAUGCCAGAAGCAUCUUGCAGAGGUAUGAAGAAAAGGAGGCAUUUGAGGAACCAGUGGCUUUUCUUCUUGCACUGAAGUCCUGCAUCUGGGACUUGCCGGAUUUAAAUCCCCUUUUGGAGAGCAUCAAGGAGCAAUUCAAAGACACUCUGGAUUCUGGACUUCACCUGCAGAAAGCAAAUGUGACUCUGGAUCCGGACACAGCCAACUGCUACCUUGUCCUGUCUGAGGAUCGGAAAAGCGUGAGAGAUGGAGAAAAAGCUCAAGCUCUGCCCAGCAAUCCUGAGAGAUUUGAAAGCCAUUACAUUGUUCUGGGCCAGGAGGGAUUCACAGCAGGCCGCCAUUUCUGGGAUGUCCUUGUGGGAAGUGAGGGAGGAUGGCGGGUGGGGGUGGCCAGAAAGUCUGUGAGGAGGAAGGGAAGGAUGACCUUUGGUCCUGAGGAAGGGAUCUGGGCUGUGGAGAAGUCGUGGUGGGGCUGCAUCAAGGCUACCCUAAAAGGCAAACACCCUCCCCUUACCCUGACCGGGGAACUGAAGAGGAUCCGAGUCUGCCUGAACUACGCUGGGGGCCGAGUGGCCUUUUUGGACGCUGACCGAGGAUCCCUGAUCCACGAGUUCUCCGGAGCCUCCUUCCGUGGAGAGACCCUCCUGCCCUUCUUUUGGACAUGGGAAAAAGCCCACCUCAAACUCUCUCCUUAA